AAGGGUGGUCUCAAUCUCUGCUAAGAGGCUACUUUAGUCCCCCAACAUAAGCACAUUCACAGAUGGCUCUGCACGCGUAGAGCCGUGUCACCCGUUACGACAGAGCAGCCCGCUUCUGUGUGAACCAACGAGCCGCGGACAGAGAGAAACAGAGAGGUGCAGAGAGAUACAAAGAGAGGUAGAGUGGAUAAGUGAGGGAGGCAGAACAAGAGAAAGAAGAGGCGAAGAGCCACGGAGUAAAAAACAAAUACAUCGCUGCCACUCUGACGUCUCCCCCUCAUGCGCCUGUUUCGGCUUGUGUGAGCGCAAGAAGAGGAGAGAGAGGGGAAGGGAGGAAAAUAAAUCCUGGGAGCUUGUGUCCUCUCUUUGCUUCAUAUUCCCUCCUUUUUUUCAUCUCCAUCUUUCAAGGCAUGAAGGCGGGUGUCAGCGGGCACGGCAGAAUAAAAGAAAGGGAUGCUUUGACUGCUGCCUCUCUUUCGACAAGGCACAAGGAGGAGGAAGGGGGGGACAGCACACAGCAGGGACAAAAACAGGAUUUCUAGAAUGAAUGGGAGUCCUUCUGCCGCAUGCGCUGGGAAUAGCAGUCUCACACUGAAGUCUCUGAAUGAGAGGCCAGCCCUGAGGACGUGAAACUGUUGGGAGAGUUUGGAUAGCACCGGUGACACAGCUUCCUACUGCGUUUCACCACCUGCAACUGCAGACAUCUCUGCUCUCCAGACAGCAACAAUAAAGGCAGGCUUGAGACAAAGAGUUGUGGCAGUAUCCUACGACGCAAGGAGGAGAGGAAUACACUGGAGGAGGGGCCUGUGCUUACUGCAGACGGGCAGAGGACUGCUUGUCUGGUCUCAGUGUUGCCUGUCUGCGUGACACGGCAGAGGAAGAGGAAAUGGUUGGCUGAAGUGUCAUGGAGGACGUCACCACUACGUAGCUCGUCCAGUAUGCAGUGUGGCCCUCCCAGCUGCGCACCACUAGUGGUGCCAUGAUCCAGUUAUAACUGUGGGUAAUGCCGAGCCAAAUAACCAAUCCUGGAGAUGCCGAAGAGAAGAGAUAUUCUUGCCAUCGUGUUGAUCGUGUUACCCUGGACUCUGCUCAUCACUGUUUGGCACCAAAGCGCUAUAGCUCCACUCCUCGCCAUCCGCAAGGCCUGUCACCACCUAGUAAAAGAGAUCUUUAUCAUUCCAGAGAGGCUUGCAGUUCGCCACCACCGGCUCUCAGAUGAUGGUGUCGAGGGCAAGAGGGAGGCUGGUGGCCAGGCGCAAGACUCCAAGGAAUACUGUGCCUCAGAUAAGGACAUUGUGGAGGUGGUGAGGACAGAGUAUGUGUAUACGCGGCCUCCACCAUGGUCCGAUGUGCUGCCUACCAUCCACAUCAUCACCCCCACAUACAGUCGACCGGUGCAGAAGGCGGAGCUCACACGGCUGGCAAACACUUUUCUCCAUGUUCCCAACCUGCACUGGAUCCUGGUGGAGGACUCCCAAAGGAGAACGCCUCUUGUCACUCGGCUCCUCCGAGAAACAGGGCUUAACUACACCCAUCUCAAUGUUGAGACGCCCAGGAACUAUAAACUGCGGGGUGAGACUCGGGACCCCAGAAUCCCCAGGGGUACCAUGCAGAGGAACCUGGCCCUGCGGUGGCUGAGGGAGACCUUCAAUGCCAACAGCAGCCAAGCUGGAAUCGUCUACUUUGCAGACGACGACAACACAUACAGCCUGGAGCUGUUUGAGGAGAUGAGAUCAACUCGGAAAGUUUCAGUGUGGCCUGUGGCCUUUGUGGGCGGCUUGCGAUACGAGUCCCCCAAGGUAAAUGCAGCUGGAAAGGUCUAUGGCUGGAAGACAGUGUUCGACCCCCAUCGUCCCUUUGCCAUCGACAUGGCUGGCUUUGCCAUCAACCUAAGGCUCAUUCUCUUCAAGCCGCAAGCAUACUUUAAGCUUCGCGGGGUGAAAGGAGGCUACCAGGAGAGUAGUUUGCUCCGGGAACUUGUCACACUCAACGACCUGGAGCCUAAAGCAGCCAAUUGCACUAAGAUACUCGUUUGGCACACGAGAACGGAGAAACCUGUCCUUGUAAACGAGGGGAAAAAAGGAUUCACAGACCCCAAUGUGGAGAUUUGACUGUGUCCCCUCAGACCACGGUGUUUGGCCUUGGACCUGCGGAGGAAGGAAACAGCUGAGUCUCUUGAUAAAUGCAACCGGCGCUCAUUUCUUAAUCAUCAGGAAAAAAAAGGAAAUAGGGGCCUUUGAAGGGGGAUUUAAUCCUCUUGACUGAAUCUGACAUUUUUGAAAUAUGGACUAAAACAGUACAAAUGUACCAUAUUAAAGCACAGAUUAGUAAGAGAGCAGCCGUUAUUUGUCAGGUUUCUACGACUGAAGUGCAGAGGAGCCAAAAUAAAGGACGCCUCGCAGGGUCGGCGUGGAUAGACGUGACCUGCAUCUUCACGGUACAACGGCCCGCUGAGGACAACGUAACAAAAGAGACAGCACAAUUACGACAAGCAUACAGGCAGCGGAGUCAACUAAACAAGCAGGUGAAAGGAUAUCCGUCACCUCAAAAAAACUGAGGAAAUAUAACACACAUUGUCUGGAUCUGCACAUGGUUCGAGAGAGAAAUUCCUCUUGGAUUUAAGGACACGGACUACAUCAUCAGCCUGGAUAAAAACACGACUCCAAGGACAAAUAUGUCUGUGUGGACUUUCCUUUGAGCAAACAUACUGUAGCAAGGGAAGGAAUGCUCUUUUGAUAACGAUAUGUUUGUUUUAAUUUAAUUUAAUCGGUUCGAGUUUUCUCACGAGCACGUGACUUGCUAGUUCGAUACUACUGACUCUUACCUACAUUUACUCUUGGGUUGUCAUUGUUGGUUUUGUGGUGUCAUUAUAACUCAUACAUUUUAGCCACCCCCGUACACUGCUGGUUGAAAUGUACCCCUUGUUGUGCUUUGGAGCUGAAAGGUACACGUAAACAUGAAAAACACUUUUUAGCACUUAAGAAAUACACAAAUGAUGUUCCUUUGUGGCAAGAUGUGUAAAUAGUAAUUCAACAUGAGAACAAUCAGAGGAUUGUUGACAAAUUUGGACAAAAGCAUUAUAAUUACUGUAUUUAUAUGUAAAAAAAACAAAAAAAAAACAACACAGUCUCUUCUCUUUUCCCCCUGAUGAAUUCCUCAUGACACACAACAAGGCACAGGUUCACUCUAGGUUCAACACAUGGAAAGAGUAAUAGCACAUCAUCAAUUUCAUUUGAUAAUAGAAACACCGGUUUGUGAGACAUUCAUAACGCAUAGCCAAGAAAUUCAAAUCAGCUAUACGGUAGACUCAUGAAUGCUGACCUAAUUGACAUUGUGUGUCACUUUAGAGAGCAAAUAUUUCCCCAUUGUCUAUGCACGAUGUGUCCACGAGCCACUGGUUAACAAGGGUCUGCUGUGUGUGCAAGUACAAAAAAGAGCAGGAUAAAACAGCAUCAAAGCCUGAGAAUAUGUUUUUACUGGGCUUGUCAGUCCCUCUCCAGAAAAACUCUUUGCCGUGACGUGAAGGAGACAGAAUUCCCCAAAAUAAAAGUUUAGAUGCUCAGGCUACAUCUGCUGACUUUUACUGCAGCUCACCUUCGAACAGCUGGUGUAAGUUAUGAAGGGUAGAUUCAGAUAAAUUAUGCAUGGCCCCAAAAAUAUGUUUGUUUUUUAUACGUAUGAAAUGAGAGAAUACACGCUACUCUCAAUUUGACAGUAGGCUAAAGAAAAGCACAACAAAAAAGAAAUCUUAUUUUUGCUAAUGAUUUGGUAGCAACGUUGACGCGCCUUCAUCAGUAUUGUGAAUUGCUGUAUCAUGGUUUAUUUUGGUAUCAGUAUCCAUCUGUUGCAUAUUAACUAGAUCACAGAAGGGAGUCAUCACACCUCCAACGAUAGACAUCAGCAACUAUGACGCUGUACGGCUGAACACUGUAACAAAGUUAUUCUACACCUCGCAUAAUAGAAUCUUUCCUCAACUUGAUAAAUCAUCCGUCUAGUGCAAUACACAGCAGUGGUUCUUAUCUAACAUUGCCCGGCAGAAGUAGCUGGAGACAAUUCAAACACUGAGCCUCUGUACUGAUGCCAGAUUAUCUCUGUGUAAACCUUCCCUUUCAACACACACAAACACAAAACUGCAGUAUGAAAACUUACAAAGAUGUUCCAGUCUCUCGGGCUCAUCAGCCGGGCAAAACGUCUUUAUUACAUAUCUCUUGGAAUAUGAUAAGAUACACAUUCAGAAAAUGGCUGUAUUGUAUCUCUCAUCACACUGGCUGUUUUAAUUGACUGCAUGAUAUUACACUGCACAGAGGUCUUCCAUGGAGAUCAUGCAGACUAUCUUGGGAUUUGCUCUACUCUUCCACUCGCCUCCCAUUAUUUAUUAAAAAUCGAUUUUUAUAUAUUUAUUUAUGUAUUUAUUUCAAGUGUAAAUGUGCAAUUGAAUCAUAGCAGUGUUUGCCCUUAAAUCUGCAUUUGCCAACUGCUGUCUAAAAAAAGCAUGCGCACAGUGUUGUGUAUACACAUGGAUUAUCAUACAGAUCAAUAAUAGGUUAGUGUUACCAACAGGCGCACACACACACAAACACACACACACACAAUUUUCUUUAUAGCAUUGUUGUUGAUCGAAGUUCUACUUGAGUGGUCAUUAUCGGCUUUUAAUCUAAAUGAAUGAAUCCACCUGAAAUGUUUUUAGCGAAAUGUUUUGUUUUUAACAAAUUAAGAAUCCAAAAUGGAAAAAAAACACUAGUGUGUGAAAGACUUAAUUUGAGCACUACAGGGUUUCUGGAAAUUGAGUAUGUUGUAUAUAAUUUAACUGAACUGAAACUAAAUUCCCGCUCUCAUCUUCUGAACGUCGCUCUUGUCAAGAUGCAGGCAAACAAACGUCAUGUGGCGUACAGGUCAGCAUGUGGUUGGAUUGGUUGAAUAAGAUUAUGUGAUGUUACUCUCUGUUGUGUGUCCUAAAGCAGCAGAACAACUCAAAAGGGCUUCACCCUUGAAGACAGAUGACGUAUCAAGCAAUAUCUAAUACUAACAAAGAAUUAGUCUAUUAGAACAACUUUAGCAGUGCAGUUUAUUCCGUAUUUAAUGUCAGUUAAUGAGCAUUACCCUCUGAGGGGCUUCUCUAAGGCACAAUACACUUAGUCCUCUCUUUUCCUCAUCUCCACUGUCAUCCUCCAGCCUCAUGUGAUUCACAUUUUAUGCAUGUGACUCUUAGGUUGUUUAUUUGCCACAGCAAUUCUGUCUCAGAGAAAGAUGUUAGUCGAAUGAAGAAAUAAAUAACUGAGAAGAACCUCA